CUUCUCUACUGCUGCUCUUAGUCGUCACGUGUUCCCAUCUUAGUUAUUUUAGAGAUUCUCUUCUGCAAGAAGAGUGCCGCAUUCAUUUUCUUCUUACCGUUUCACGGAAAAUCGACCUUUGCCUUGCGCUUCUCGAUUAUGGCCGUCGAGUCCAAAAAGAAUGAAACAAGCGCAGAAAAAAACGUGAAUUCGGAAGCUUCAAAGGGAGAAGAGUUCGUGAAAAUCAACGGCGAAGGAAAAGGUGUAGAGAUAUCCAAGCAGCACAAAGAAGACCAGAAUGCAGGAAAGAAAGGAAGUAGUAUCAAUGGUGAAAAAGAUCUGAACUUGAAUACUGAAUCUAUAGAGGAGAAAGAAGAUGAAAAGAAAGAGGAUCAAGAUGUUGUCUUUGUUCAAGAUGUUGGUUUCACCAUCAAAAUAACAGCACCAGGAGUGGAACCCUUUGAUAUUCAAGUUUCAAGCAUGGAGAUGGUUCAGGAAAUCCAUCAACUUUUAAUGGAUCGUGAAGAUACCUGUCAUCGCACAUGUUUUUCCCUCCAGUUAAAUGCCAUAACACUGGAUAACUUCGCAGAACUGAAAAGCAUUGAAGGGUUAAAAGAGGGUUCCAUAAUCAAGGUCGUUGAAGAACCUUACACUAUGCGUGAAGCUAGGAUUCACUUGCGCCACGUGAGAGACUUGCUGAAAUCUUUGGAUCCAUCAGAUGCCUACAAUGGCCUUGACUGCAGUUCACUUUCAUUCUUGAAUGUAGUUACACAAGGAGAUAUAUUAGAAAAGAAAAAAAGUCGUCCAGAAAGCGUUGACUGCACUCCGUCGGAUUCUAUUAUACCUGGAUCAACCGAAAGGCCCUUGGUCCCGUUGCAGCCUCAAAGCAAAGAACAGAAAGGACCUAAUUGCAUAAAAGUGAUUACUACGUCUGGCUGGAACCCUCCUCCAGGUUAUCGUAAGCUGCACGGUGACUUGAUUUAUUUGUACGCCGUCACUCUCGAAGAAAAGAGAUUGCAUAUUACCGCAUGCACUCGAGGUUUCUACAUCAACCAGUCAACGGAUGAGGAAUUCAACCCAAAACCAGCGAAUCCAAAUCAUCUUUCGCAUUCUUUGAUUGAGCUCCUUUCUCAGGUUUCUCCGUCGUUCAAGCGAAACUUUACUUUAUUGCAACGCAAGCGCACCCAACGACACCCAUUCGAAAGAGUUGCAACUCCUUAUCAGGUUUACUCUUGGAUUGCUCCGAUGGCAGAUCAUCCUAUUGAUGCCAUUCGAGCGGAAGAUGCAUUUUCCUCUAAACUGGGAUAUGAAGAACAUAUUCCGGGCCAGACUCGUGAUUGGAAUGAAGAAUUGCAAACAACACGUGAACUACCCCGAAAAAAUUUGCCUGAACGACUUUUAAGGGAACGAGCAAUUUUCAAGGUGCAUUCUGAUUUUGUCGCUGCCGCUGCUCGUGGAGCUCAAGCCGUGAUUGAUGGAAACGUCAUGGCUAUUAAUCCUGGUGAAGAAUCACGAAUGCAAAUGUUUAUUUGGAACAACAUUUUCUUUUCCUUGGGCUUUGAUGUCCGCGAUCACUACAAAGAGUUGGGUGGUGAUGCUGCUGCCUAUGUCGCACCUAAGAAUGAUCUCCAGGGUGUUAAAGUUUACAAUACUGUCGAUCAAGAGGGUUUGUACACUCUGGGAACUGUGGUGAUUGACUACCGUGGUUACCGGGUAACAGCACAGUCCAUUAUUCCAGGCAUUUUGGAAAGAGAGCAAGAACAGUCGGUUGUUUACGGUUCAAUUGACUUCGGAAAAACUGUUGUCACCCAUCCUAAGUAUUUGGAACUGUUGGGCAAAGCUGGACAACAGUUAAAGGUCUUCCAGCAUUCAGUUCUCAAUGACAAAGAUGAAGAAGUAGAGUUAUGUUCAUCCGUCGAGUGUAAGGGUAUCAUCGGCAACGACGGACGGCAUUACAUUCUGGAUCUUUUACGUACUUUCCCACCCGACGUCAACUUCUUAAAAAUCGAGGGUGAAGACUUGAGUAAAGAAGCUCGUGCACUUGGCUUCCCUGUUGAACACAAACACAAACUUUGCUGUCUGCGCCAAGAAUUAGUCGACGCAUUUGUGGAGUCUCGUUACAUGCUGUUUAUCAAAUACGCUGCGUUCCAUCUUCAACAAGUGGGCCUUAAGAAACAGAAGGCGACGUCCGAGCGUAGUGGUUCUGUUGAGAAAGAAACAGUCAAGUCGGACGACACAGACAUUGCUGGAGUGCAAUCAACAUCGGAAAAGGGAACGGAAGAACAGCAGCAGUUGAAUUCAGACGAGGCCAAGAAAAUUGUGGAAAGUAUUACAGAUUCGAUUACACACGGAGAGAAACCUGACGUAGAAGAAAGCACAAAGGAGAUUGUCCGUAAAGCUGCUGCAGCUGUUGGUUCCUUGAAAGAUACGGAAUUUGAUAUCCGUUUCAAUCCUGACGUCCUCUCUCCUGGAGUUCGCCAUCCCGAUGGCCUUGUUGCUCUCGAACGAUUAAAGAAAGAGAAGCAGCUGAUCAAAGAUGCUGCCGAUUUUCUCAUCACAAUUCAAAUCCCCACAUUUAUUCGUGAUUGUUUGGACCAUUCGUCUGCUCCAUUGGAUGGUAGCACUCUAAUCGAAGCCAUUCAUAGUCGCGGAAUCAACGUUCGAUACUUGGGCAAAAUUGUUUCAAUGCUGUCUAAGGUCCCGCAGUUAGAGUACGUUUAUGUGAUCGGAGUUUCUGAGUUGAUUGUUCGAGCUGCCAAACACCUUUUCACCACCUACAUGCAAGGAGUAGAAAUGAUGGGCCUGUCAGCGGCGAUUGCUCAUUUCCUUAACUGCUUCCUCGGUUCGAAUCCAACCCCAGUGGCCACACUUGGCGCUGACGAGCUUCAAACCAAGCCAUCUAAACGCCGCAACAAGCGCAGAGGAAAGCAGAACCCUUUAUCCAAUAAUGAGAGCACUGACUGGAUCCAUGUGACUCCAAAAACUUUAUGGUCCAUGUUAAAAACUGAGUUAAGUUCCUACUGGGAUUGGGAACUAGCUGCUGACGGCGUCGACACAGCAGUAGAAAAGUACAUGGGGCAGAAAGUAUCUCUUCUACGAGCCUUCUGUCAGAGAACUGGCAUUCAGAUUUUGAUGAGGGAAUAUUCUUACGAAGUAAAAAAUCGCAAUACGUUUUUUGAAGAGGAUAUCAUUAAUGUCUUCCCAGUAGUCAAACAUAUCAAUCCACGUGCUAGUGAUGCUUUCCAUUUCUACACAACUGGUCAGCAAAAGAUUCAGCAGGGCUUCCUAAAGGAAGGUUACGAGCUCAUCAGCGAAGCUCUUAAUCUUCUAAACAACGUUUAUGGAGCAAUGCAUCCAGAGAUUGCACAGUGUCUCCGCAUGUUGGCAAGAUUGAAUUACAUCAUGGGUGAACAUGUUGAAGCUCUUGGCUACCAGCAGAAGGCCGUUUUCAUGUCAGAACGGGUUAAUGGCAUUGAUCAUCCGUACACCAUUACUGAAUACACACACCUGGCUUUGUACUGCUUCGCUAACAAUCAAAUCUCAACAGCUCUUAAACUGUUGUAUCGGGCACGCUACUUAACCUUAAUCGUUAUCGGAGAGAAUCAUCCAGAGGUAGCCUUGCUUGACUCGAAUAUUGGUCUCAUUCUGCAUGCUGUUGGAGAAUAUGAUCUAUCUUUGCGUUUCCUUGAAAAAGCUUUGGCUUUGAACAAAAAGUAUUAUGGAUCCCGAUCAUUGAAAGUGGCUGUGAGCUACCACUUGGUCGCUAGGACCCAGAGCUGUAUGGGUGAUUUCCGUUCUGCUCUCCAAAACGAAAAAGAAACUUACACCAUUUAUAAGAUUCAGUUGGGAGAGGAACACGAGAAAACGAAAGAGUCAUCAGAGUGCCUUCGACACCUGACGCAGCAGGCGGUUGUGCUGCAGAAAAAGAUGAACGAACUGUAUCAAGGUCGUUUGGGGGCUGGUGUUCCUACUACUGGAUUACCAUUGCCACCUAUCCAGAUCCAGCCGCCUUCCAUGGGAAGUGUUCUCGACAUGCUCAACGUUAUCAACGGCAUUCUAUUUGUUCAAAUUAGUCCACAAGACAUUGAAGCGUUCCGUGAAGAGAUGGAGCGUCGUCAAAUGACGGAAGGCAGCCCACCUAAAUUGCUCGAAGUGAAAGAGGAGGAGGCAUCGUCAACAGAAAAUAGUAGUCAAGUCAAGUCUUGCAGUUAAUCAACACGCAUGGGAAGCGCUUUUUUCCGCGCGGACGUCAACAACGACACACUAUUCAACAAGAUACAAAAAAAAAAUUGUUGCCAUGAAGAAAGAAGACCUGGUCCCCCGCGCCGUAGUCAAACGUUAGAUUUUUUAUUAUUUGUUAUUGAUAGAAAAACGCGUUUUCGAUUUUUCUCCGUAUCGAGAAAACAGAUUUCAGUGAUGAGUUCAGUCGUUUGACCGGAAACCUCAGGCCAAAACGUUAUUCUCCCUGUUCGUUGUUCUUUGUUUGAAUCCCGUCUUUUGCUGACGAAGAAGUCAUCUCAUGAGUUUCCACGCAACGAACGUACACACUCGGCCAGGCAUUUGAGUUUCUGUUGUCAGAUUUAGUGAGUAAAGCCUUGAUUGAGCUCAUGUCCAUCGUCACGUUGCACGAACGAUGGAUAUCUAGCUAGAACAGGCUUUACUGUAGCUCAACAGUUGAUUAAUUUAGUAAAUUAAACAUCAUCUCUUUUCCCAAACUCCCUCCAUCUUCUCCCGUCCCUGUCCCCCCUCUUAAUCCUUGGACUUGGUUAUCUGAAGAUCCUGGGUUUUUGAAUACUAUAUCUCGCGCAUGUUUUCAAAUUAAGAUUUAUCAAAGCAGUCUUAUUUUGCUUUCAAGUCAAAAUUUGUUUUCUUGUUUUUACGUUGCUCGGAUUUUUCUGCAAGAAAGUACGGUAUAAUGGUGCGCAAUAUUUGUCCUAUGUCUGUACUUGGCGUCUUGUGAACAAUCUUCCUCAACUUGUUGCGUCCGAGGAUCCCGCCUAGCAAUAACAAGGUCCAGUUAACCAAGUCCUUUUCCAGUUCCGUCACACAAUCGUAGUUGUAUACAGAAAACGCGAUAAAAAGUCGAAAUCGUUUGGUUUUCGAAUCGUGUGCAUCACUAUGUAGAAAUGAUCUAUUAUUUUACAAGAAAAUGGCAAACACA